AAGCUCCUCACUAUUUAAGCACCAGACUUCAGCUUACCGCAGUAACUAUAAUAAACACUAACACAGGAGAUUAUCAGGCCUCAUGAAGAGUGACCUUGGACCUUGACUCUUCGCUCAGCGCCAUGACAAGAUUCUUGAUAUCCUCUGUGGUUCUCAGUCGCAGUUCUACGGGAAGAGGCUUGGACGUGUGCCUCCUGUUGGCCAGUGCCAGUGCCUACCGAGCGACGCGUGGCUCUCCUGCAGAAGGCGUGAUAAGGAUCCGGGAAAAUGAGCAACAAAUUCGACGAGCUGCUAACCCAAGUGGGGACCGGGAAGUGGAACUUGCUUUACUUCAUCACGGCCUGCUACUGGUACAUCCUGAUUCCUCCUCAGGUUCUCAGUGGAGUGUACCUCACCCCUCUUGUAAACCACACCUGCCUUCCUCCGCUCCUGGAAGAUCCAGUUGAAAUAUCAAGUGAUUCGUGCAGUUAUUUCGUCAAUAACUCCUCCUCGGGCGAGGCAGAAGAGUUCCCGUGCACCGAGUGGGAAUAUGACACGUCAGUCUACACCAAUACUCUCACCAGCGAGUUCAACCUAGUGUGUGAGAGGAGCUACCUACGAGCCACUUAUCAGAGUAUUAACAUGUUUGGUACAACAUUUACCUGUUUGGCAAGCGGUUACAUCGCCGACAGAUUCGGCAGGAAGGCCGUGGUUCUGGUCACUCACCUGACCUAUGCCACCCUUGGCUUCUGCAUCAGCUUCGCCAGCAACUUCUCUCUGAUCCUCGCUCUCCGGUUCAUCAUGGGAUGCGUAGGACUCCCGACGAUUUAUAUUCUAGCGCUGGAGGUUUGCGAAAUCAAGCACCGAUCCGUGGUGGGAAUUCUGAUUGGACUUCCUUGGGCCUUUGGUACCAUGGCGUGGGGGGGAGUGGCUUCCCAGGUCAGAGACUGGCGGUGGCUGCAGCGCUGCGUUAUCUUACCCUUCGCCCUCUAUAUUCCCUUGCUAUUCAUAAUGGACGAGUCACCCCGCUGGCUGAUCGUACGGGGGCAGUUCGACCGCGCCCGGAGGGUCCUGCAGAGAGCAGCUCGCUGGAACAAGACUCAGCUCCCGUCUGAGGAAGCCCUGAACAAUCUCAUGUUGGACAUCAGGGGAGAGUUGGUGGAACCAGAGAAGCCGGUGUUGAAAGAAAAACAAAACCGAAGGUGGACGUCUUUAAAAACACCAGUGCUCUGCAGAACUCGCUCCUUGCGCAUCAUCAACUUCAUCUUCAGUCUCAACCACUUUCAUCUCGAACUGGUCUUCUACGGGCUCAGCUCAGCGGCUCCAACUACAGCGCCGACCCUUCAUCUACAUCGUGCUCGGAGGCCUGAUGGAGAUCCCUGGAUUCUCUUGAAGCGCCCAUCAUCAAUCGCUUCGGAGGAAGUGGCCCACCAUCUGGGGAUACGUGCUCAGCGCAUCGCCAUCCUCUUACUCGUGUUCAUCCCCCAGUAG